UAGGACAUUAUAUAUGGAGCAUAGAUUAUACACAUAAUAUAUGAUUUAGUUUAUGUGCUAGAUUGUUGCAUAGUGCGUGUGUUGUCUUUCCAUUUUCAAGAAUAAAAGUUUAGUUAAUGUUGUGCUGUGUGUUAAUCAAUGUAUUUAUUUAACUAAUAAUUAUGGCACCGAAUUUAAGUAAAUUAACGCAACGGACAGACGUUAAAGUCGGUAUUGCUGUCUCCGCAGCUCUUGGUGCUUGGAUUAUCCGGAACUCCUUUAAGUCAAGAAAAUCAAGAUAUGACAAACCCGGCCGUCUUUCACCCGAAGAGCAGAUUCAGUACAUGAUCAAAGAAAAAGACAAAAAGGGGCCAAAAGCACAAGUUGAUGCUAGAUUUUUAGCAGAAUUUAAAACACUAUGGAAGAUUAUGAUGCCAGGCUGGUGGACCAAAGAAAGUGCCUUCAUGUCGUUGAUAGCCAUCUCUCUAAUAUCCAGAUCCAUGUGUGAUCUGUGGCUAAUACAGCAGACUACUUUGAUUGAAGGGUCAAUUAUCACAAUGAACCACAAGGAGUUCAAGAGGCUGUUAAUCCAGUUCUUCGGAUCAAUGCCACUGAUUUCACUGGUGAACAACGUCUUGAAGUGGAGCAUAGGUGAACUAAAGUUGAGGAUAAGGACCAAUUUAUCAUUGCACCUUUACAAUGAAUAUAUGAAAGGCUUCACAUACUACCAAGUGACGAACUUAGACAAUCGGAUAUCGAACGCUGAUCAGCUCUUGACAACUGACAUUGACAGGUUCUGUGAAACCGUCGUCGAUCUAUACAGCAACAUCAGCAAACCGCUCCUGGAUAUCGCAAUAUACUUGUACAGGCUCACUGUGAACUUGGGUGCAUCUACGCCCGGAAUUAUGGUGGCCUACCUCCUGGUAUCGGGGGUGUUGCUAACACACUUGCGGAAACCAACAGCAAAAAUGACAGUUCAAGAACAGAAACUCGAAGGUGAAUAUAGAUACGUCAACUCCAGACUUAUCACGAAUUCAGAAGAAAUUGCUUUCUAUCAGGGUAAUCACAGAGAGCGCUUAACAGUACUGGCCAGUUUCUACAAGCUGACGAGACAUUUGAGAAACUUCUUAAACUUCAGAGUGUGCAUGGGCUUUCUCGACAACAUCAUUGCUAAAUACAUCGCCAUCACAGUAGGUUUCUAUGCUGUGUCUAGGCCGUUCUUCGUCAAGGACCACAACUUAUUGACUACGAGUACAGAAAACGAUAGGUUUAAGCACUACUACACGUACGGUCGGAUGUUGGUUAAGAUGGCCGAGGGGAUCGGGCGGAUCGUGUUGUCUGGUCGCGAGCUGAGCAAGCUGGCCGGCCUCACGUCCCGGGUCACGCAGCUGCGCGUCGUGUUGGACGACAUCAACAAGGGCAACUACUCGAGGACCAUGGUCGACAAAACGUCACAUAGUGCCAACGGCCCGCCCAGGCUGUUGGCUCCGGGUGCCGGUCGGAUUAUAUACCAGGAUAAGAUCAUAAAGUUCGAUAAAGUACCGCUCGUCACUCCUAACGGUGAUAUCCUCAUUGAUGAGCUGUCCUUCGAAGUAAAGUCCGGUAUCAACGUGCUGGUGUGCGGACCGAACGGCUGCGGCAAGUCGUCCAUGUUCCGCCAGCUGGGCGAGCUGUGGCCGAUAUUCGGCGGCACCCUCACCAAACCCCCCAAGGGGAAGCUCUUCUACGUCCCUCAACGACCGUACAUGACUCUGGGGACCUUGAGAGACCAGGUGAUAUACCCGCAAACGCGCGAGGAGAUGGUGCGGCGCGGGCGCUCCGACGAGCAGCUGGGCCGCUUCCUGCGCAUCGUGCAGCUGGAGUACCUGGCGGCGCGCGACGGCGGCUGGGACGCCGUGGAGGACUGGAUGGACGUGCUCUCCGGCGGCGAGAAGCAGAGAAUCGCCAUGGCGCGUCUGUUCUACCACGAGCCGCAGUUCGCCAUACUGGACGAGUGCACCAGCGCCGUGUCCGUGGACGUCGAGGGACAGAUGUACCAGUACUGCAGAGAGAUGGGCAUAUCGUUGUUCACCGUCUCGCACCGCAAGUCGCUGUGGAAGCACCACGACCACUACCUACAGAUGGACGGCCGCGGCGGAUACGUCUUCGAAGAGAUCGACGCCGAGACGCAAGAGUUCGGAUCGUGAUCGAACGGAAUCGUAAUUAUCAUAUUUAGAUUUAACAUUCAUUCAUUCAUUCAUUCAUUCUUAUUCAUAAACUAUGCCAAGGUGUUAACGGUUGAUAGGAACUGGGCAUGCCGCCCUACGCCAGGGUUGCCAUUGUAAAAAGAUAUCGAUGCUCCAGUGUCAGUGGCAGUAUUCGCAUCGUCCAUUGAUACCUGCUCAACACAAUGAGCAUGCCAUCUGCGCGACACUAAAUAUAAAACAACUUGAACCAUCACUUACUGUAUUGAAGACAACAUCACACAUGAUCACAACGAAACUAUCACGAGCGGAUCGCGUCCACCGGCGGUCGGGCAGAGAUCGUCGAUCAAUCGUUUCACGAUUAAUCGUAACGAGAAAUCGUUCGGCCUAUGACCUGUUCUAGUUUAUGAAUAAGGUAGUAGUAACAUGACCAGAACAUUUUAAUUAUAUGAAAUUAAUAUGAUAUGACAUUUUUGUGAUGGAAGGAAAAUAUAGAAUGUUUAUUUGUCUUUUGUUGUUAAGGUUAAUCAUGUUUCUUUUUUAUUUAUUUUAUAAUAAAAUAUUAUGGACUCAAGAAUUGAGCGCUGUAACAAUUUUUAAUUAACUUUAUACCCAAAAAUGGUGGCGUUUCUCUUAUACAUAUAAGCAUAUAUAUUUGUAUCCUAGAACUUCAUUUUUUAUUUACACUUGUUUUGACUUGAGUCCAGUUAAGUAGGUCACAAUACUCGUCGAUAAUAUAGACAUAUAGUAUGAUUACAUACAUACGAAAUUGUUUAACAUAAAACAUCUAUGGAAAUGCCAAAAGAAGAACACAUGACAGUCCUUAAUGAAUAAAAUAAAUACUACAUAAUCUUUACUAUGUAACUGCAAGAUUUUCUUGUAUUCUUUUAAAAUUUCAUUUAAGGAAUUUGGUAUUGAGGAAAAAUAAUCAUAUUGAGUCAUAGAGACAUGUAACUUUUGUAUAUCUCAUUUGUGGUUGUUAUUUAAAUGAAAAACAUUUUGUGACUAAUAACACCCUUACAGUUCAGCGGUGUCAAGACAAAUGUUCAAGGUUGCGCACUGAUAGUACAACUAUGUGUUCAGUUCUCACUGAGACAUGUUCGAUAUGUACAAGUAUUAAAGUAGCUUGUUUACUUACAUUCAUUAAUGUCUUGGGUAGUUGCGUUCAAACCGCAAACAAAUUUCUCAGUGCAAAAUAUUUAAAAAAAAGUAAAUGAGUACCUCUAAAUAGUUAUGCUGCCUGUUUGACAGGAAGGUCGUGGCGAUGCACUAGCUAUAAAAAAAAUGUAACUGCACUGUGUCGCAAUGAAAAAAAUACUUUUGUUUCCAUAAUCACACACACCUUAUGUUUAUGGUACCACCACAGUUUAUGAUACGUUAGCUGAAUAAUUUCGAUUAGCAAAUAUUUAAAACCAAAAAUAUAAGCCGUCUGAAACCGGAACCGGACUUGAUGGUAGGAACAGCAUUUUAAGCUCACACUUAAUUGUCGAGUUUAUUUUUUCAGAACACAUCAAAUUUACUUCUAAAUUAAAUAAAAAAUGUUCCACAAUUAUUUAAAAUAAAAAUAAAAUUCAUUUAAUUCAGACCCUCUUAAGUCCAUAUGUUGUAAGUAGAAUAAUACUUAGAACUAUGUUAGUAAAAUUAAAAUUAAAAUUAAAAUUAGCAAUUAAAACAUUUAAACAUUUAAUUCAUAAAUCUGCGCUGCUUUGAGGCACCUGGUAUAUGUAUAUGAACCCAGUGUCUCAAAACAGCACAUUCGGGUUUAUUACCUAUAACCAUCAGGAUAUUAUUAGUAUUAUAUUUAGAUGGUUUGUAGUAAUUUGUUGUGGUUAGUGUGAGCUUAAAAUCAUAUCCCUAUCAAUUCGGGAUCCAGACUCAGGCAGCUUGACUGUAUAAUUGCAAAAGUCUAAUAAAUUGAAUUUAAUGUUUCAGUAACUGAAAUAAUGUUACUUUAUUUACAAUUAUUGUAUAUUGUUGAUUUAUUAAUCAUAUUUUAUUUGUGAUUUGUUAUGUGAUAUAUUCGAUCAUGAUAAUAACAUAUUUUAUCAACUUUACUUUGUUACAUUUAUAGACUAUUUAAGAGAUAAACAAACCGUUAAUUGUAUAUAUCAAAAAAUAUAUAAUAUAAUUAAUAACAUUUUUAAUCUUGAAAAUUAUAUUUAAAUACAUAAAAGUACUCAUUAUGUACAUCAUUCAAUUGAAAUAGUUAUUAAAUUGAUAAGGUUAUAACCAUUCUACACUAUAAUCUCAGUGUUAAUUUUUUAAAGUGACAAUUUUUUUUGGAAUAAGAUGCAGUACACACAGCGCAUGCGUGCGACGCUCGUCACCUACGUACGUACUCGUGCGUACUCACACGCAACGAGUGAUGUAACAUAUUUGCUCUUUUUUUUUAAAUGAUAUACUCAGGACCCUCCAUGUCCAUGUCCAUGUCACUGUUACGAAUAGUUGAAUUUGAUUUGAGAUACGAAUAAAAAAGUUUAUUCUCCA